AUGUGCGGAAGUGCCAGCACCCAAGACAGCGGCAUGGCUGAGAACGUGUCAGGGGUGAUUCCAUACUCCCCAGCACGUACAGUACCUAGCGUGAAGAGAGAACGGGCACACGGCAGAUCCCCCGAGGGAUCGUGGACGAGAACUGCCGCAGCCGCUGAUGAGACUGGGAAUUUACUACUACUUAGUAGUACUACACCCCCCGCUACAACAACAACUCCUAUGCUAGGCGAAACGUACGGACGCUUUCACUCCCCCGAUCCCGCUCCUCCACUCGCCUCAGUGGCCGAAGCCACCGAUGCUACAGCAGCAAGUCGUCCCGUUAUGGGACGGGUAUAUAUGGUAGGACGUGAUCCGAGCUUUUUGAUACGUUUAGGUCUAGGUCCAGGUCCAGGUCCAGGUCCAGGUCCUGGUCCAGGUCUAGGCAGGUCCAGGUCCCGAUGCCCACUGCCCAGAUCGUCACCUCCCAGGAGCCAGGCCCAGGGUCGCGUCUCGGCAGAUCAGCCUUUAGCCGACUCGAGACCAACUAGUAGGGGUGUCGAUCUCUACCUCAAAGGCGCUCAGAACCACAUAUAUGUGGCACCGCGCCGUGUACGUGGACUCCACCAUUCCGCACCCACCCACCUCCAAGAACCGGUUGCGAUGGGAUCGAACCACCUGCCCUCCUCGGCGGGCUUCUUCCAUCUGAUCCAAGCACGGAUUCUCCCACUCGAUCUAACCCAGUGGCCCGGAUCCGGUACGGAAUCCUACAUGGACAGCGCGAACGGACAGGGGGGGUCUCUCGCGCGCCUUCCGCUCUUGCACGAGUUACUGCAUUUCGCACGCGCUACUAAUCAACGCCCAUCAUCGUCAUCAUCAUCAUCAUCAUCAUUAUUAUCAUCAUUAUCAUCAUUAUCAUCAUCGUGUCUCGACUGGAGCAAACCCAGAAAGAACACUGGUCGAUUCUCCGUAAUACCUACGGAGCAGCUAGCUGUGCGGAAGAAAAACAAAAAGACAUCGCUUCGCUUCGCUUCGCAGCCGAGAGCUCUGAGCUGGGUUACUACUUACUUAUGUGUGACUCCGUACGGAGCUGCAGCAAAGCGCAUGGCAGGAAAAGCUCUGCAUGAUCGCUGUCACACUCGCGAGGGAGGGUAUGAGAUCUAUUCCAUCCUGCUCGCCGGCAUCACAGUACAGUACAGUACAGAAUGUACGGAUGUAUGUACGCACCAACCCACUUACCCUGAUCCCGACCCCGACCCUGACGCUUCCUCCUCUCCCUCCCCAAUCAAGCCGGGCCUCGCCCAGCAUCAGAUCAGAAACUUUCGAUCUGGAGAUGACAAUCCCCGGGUCAGAAAUCAUCGCACGAGAGCGGGCCCCGGCGCUGCUACUUAUCCCUUCUACUACGUACUUAGCUUACUUCGCAAAGCCUAUAAGCGAGGUCAGACCGUCGAAACAGCACGUCGGAUUAUAGUCGUAUCUAUACGUCUUACACCGCCUUCACGCGUUCGUGCCCCUCAUGCUAAAGCAUUACCGGUACACUCACUGGAUGGGUCGAGCGUCUGGGUCAGAACAAGAGCUGGUGCUAGGGCCCGCAGUUCGUACGUAGAGGGUAGAGCGUCAUCGCGCCUGUGCAGUGCUGGUGAGCAAGGCUUGAAAGCCCGACGGCGUAUCGAGGCGCAUCUCAGCCAGGUUAGGUCCAAGGCCUCGCGAGAGUCGAGAGCAGCACUCCAGUGCUUGGGGGAGCACGCCAUCGCGUGUCCUCUACGUACAGUCCGUUUAAAAGUCGGUAUAACCAGCGCACGCGCAGCAGCAACCCAAGACUCGAUAGCCCGACAGCUACCGUACCAUAUAGAUAUAGAUAUAUAA